UAGGUGCUCGCCGGAGCGAGAGAUACACGGCCACCGCAGCAAAAGCAGAGCGCAUCGACUGUUGUGCACUUCUUCACCGCGCAACGAUUCGGAGUUAAACUCUCAUUUAUAUCGUUGUUAUAUUGCUAUACUUCCGAUGGUAGCCUACUUUGUAACGACACAGUAAAGUUAUAAUCUCGGCUGUUCUUUUCUUGAACAUUUCUAUUAGUUUUGUCCGUUGUAGCCUAGUCACCUAUUUAUCUAACGAACCGCGAGUAGAGCGCCGGCAGGUGAAGAUGGCGAGGGGACUGGUGUUGGGGACUGUAUCCCCGGCGGCUGGCGGCCCUACACAACUUGCGUUGCUGCUGUUAUACCCCUUAAUCUGCGGCCUCUCGGCGCAGGGCCAGGAACUGCCCACCAACGGGGUGAAUGGCUACAGCCUGCACCCACCUUAUUUUAACCUGGCAGAAGGGACCAAAAUCACAGCGACAGCGACCUGUGGAGAGGGGGACAAUGGAAGGUCGAUACACGAUUUGUAUUGCAAGCUGGUCGGGGGGCCAGUGUCAGGGGACCCGAGUCACCAGAGCCAAACCAUCCAGGGCCAGUACUGUGAUACGUGCGCCAUAGGGGACAGUGACAGAGCCCACCCCAUCACCAAUGCCAUCGACGGGACAGAGAGGUGGUGGCAGAGCCCUCCUCUCUCCCGCAGCACAGAGUUCAACCAGGUCAACGUCACCUUGGACCUGGGACAGCUGUUCCACGUGGCCUAUGUCCUCAUCAAGUUUGCCAACUCUCCUCGACCAGACCUGUGGGUGCUAGAACGUUCCACUGACUUCGGAGAGACCUACCAGCCGUGGCAGUUCUUCGCCUCUUCUAAGAGAGACUGCAUUGAGCGCUUCGGACAGCGAACCAUCGAACGGAUCAACUCUGACAACGACGUCAUCUGUACCACUGAAUACUCCCGCAUCGUACCCCUGGAGAAUGGAGAGGUGGUGGUGUCUCUAGUGAACGGGCGUCCCGGGGCUAUGAACUUCUCCUACUCUCCAGUCCUGAGGGAUUUCACCAAGGCCACCAACAUCCGUCUCCAUUUCCUCAGAACCAACACCCUCCUGGGACACCUGAUGGGCAAGGCCCUCCGCGACCCCACCGUCACACGCAGGUAUUACUACAGUAUCAAGGACAUCAGUAUCGGAGGACGCUGUGUGUGUAACGGACACGCUGAGGCCUGCGACCCACACGACCCCAACAACCCCUACAAGCUUCAGUGUGACUGCCAACACAACACUUGUGGAACGUCAUGUGACCAGUGUUGCCCCGGAUACAACCAGAUUCCAUGGAAACCAGCGACCACUUACCAGGCUAACGAGUGUGAACCGUGUAACUGUAACCAACACUCUUUUGACUGUUACUACGACCCCGAGGUCGACCAGAGGAGAGCUAGCAUCAACGUCCAGGGACAGUACAGGGGGGGCGGAGUCUGCAUGGAGUGUCAGCAUCACACCACUGGUGUCAACUGUGAGCGCUGUGUCCUCACCUACUACAGAUCACCUGACCAUCCUCUGGACUCCCCAUUGGCUUGCUCCCCCUGUGUGUGCCGGUCAGAGUUCACAGAUGGUACCUGUGAGGAUCUGACGGGUCGUUGUUACUGUAAACCCAACUACACCGGAGAGAACUGUGACUCCUGUGCUGAGGGAUACAUUAACUUCCCAGGCUGCUACCCAAACGACCUCAACAACAACACCGACAGAGAGGUCAAACCUGCCGGAGAAAUCAUCAACUGUGAGUGCAGUGCUGCGGGUACGGAGGGAAACUCCUGCCGUCCUGAUCCACGUAUCCGGACCUGUAUCUGCAAACCCGGUUUCACUGGGGACCACUGUGACAGCUGUGCGCCAGGGCACUACGGACUCAACUGCCAGGCCUGUCAGUGCUUUGGUCCGGGAUGUCAUGAUGGUAGGUGUGACCUCCUGACGGGGCAGUGCCUGUGUCGCCAAGGCUUUCAGGGUUAUUCAUGUGACCAGUGUACCCCAGGCUACUUCAACUACCCCCUCUGCCAACUGUGUGGCUGUAGCAGUGUGGGUUCUCUCCCAGGGGGUUGUGAUGUCUCUGGACGGUGUGUGUGUCGUCCGGAGUUCCAGGGACCGCGAUGUGAGCAGUGUAGAUCAGGCUUCCACUCCUACCCCAACUGCCAAGUGUGCACCUGUGAUCCUCGCACCUCCCUGGGCUCCAGCUGCAGUGUGUCGGGCCACUGCCAAUGCAGACCCAACUACAGCGGCGCCGCCUGUGACCAGUGUGCUCCUGGUUUCUACGGCUUCCCCAGCUGCACGCCUUGUCAGUGCUCUGCUGAGGGCUCCAGGUUCAGUAGCUGUGACCAGGUGAGUGGUCAGUGUACCUGUCUAGCCAACGUCGUGGGACGGUGUAACACUUGCAACUCUGGAACCUACGGAUUCCCUCUGUGUCAAGCUGGCACAUGCAACCCAGCCGGCUCUGUGCAGAACGAGGUCCUGCCAACUGUUGGUUCCUGUGAGUGUCGUCCUUACGUGGAGGGUGUGGCCUGUGACAGGUGUAAACCUCUGUUCUGGAACCUGUCACCUGACACCGUCUACAAAUGUUCCAACUGUGAAUGCAACGUUGAAGGGACUGUGGCUGCUGUAGCAGAGUGUGCUCAGAACAACGGCCAAUGUCACUGUAAACCCAACGUGUGCAGUGGCACCUGCUCUGUGUGUAAAGACGGAUACUUCAACCUGCAGAGUGGAAGCUUCUUCGGCUGUCAAGGCUGUCAGUGUGACAUUGGAGGAUCAGUGGGUCAGUCCUGUGGGGAGAGGACCGGGAGAUGUCGCUGCAGACCCAACGUGGAGGGAUCCAAGUGUAACAUGCCUCGUCCAGACCACUACUUUCCAGACCUGCACCACCUGAAGUUUGAGAUAGAGGAGGGUACCAUGCUGGACGGGCGGCCGGUGCGCUUCGGCUACAACCCCUUGGAGUUUGAAGGGUUCAGCUGGAGAGGGUACGCUCAGAUGUCCUCCAUUCAGUCCAAGGUGGUGGUUCAAGUCUCGGUCGGCUCUCCGGACCUGUUUCAAAUAGUAUUGCGCUACGUGAAUCGGGGUGGCCUGGACAUGAGGGGCAGGGUGUCCGUCCUGGAAGACGGUAAGAUCUUCAUGUGUGGUAACUGCUCAGAACAGUCCAAACAGAUUGUGUUUGCCCCCAGCUCAGAACCUAACUUCGUCAACGUGCCCCAGAAUAACUUUGUGGAGCCGUUUGUUCUGAACCCUGGUACCUGGACCGUGGUCAUUGAGGCCGAGGGCAUACUGCUGGACUACCUGGUGCUCCUUCCCAGUGCGUUCUAUGAGGCCCCCGUGCUGCAGACCAAAGUGACUGAGCCGUGCUCCUACAGCCCGGCGCCAGGUGCCAGCCAUAACUGUCUGAUCUACAAGUAUCUGUCUCUGGAUGGGUUCCCCUCCAUCUCUGGUAACGAUGCCAGCUGCCGGUUCGACAACCACCUGCCCAGACCCUGUCACCAGGAGAGGAUCACCCCUCGACACCCCGACAUGGCCAUCUGCAGCGGUAGCGAUCUGAAUGUCCAGCUGCGUAGCCCUGUGCCCCGUCCCGGGGACUAUGUUCUGGUGCUAGAAUACGCCAGUGAGGAGGAAGCACCACAGACCAUCUCUGUGUCCGUCAACACACCUGGCGGAAGGACACACCAGCACCACGUCAUGGUGCUGCCCUGCAAAUACAGUUUCCUGUGUCGGGUGGUGACCAUCGAUGAGAUGAACCGUGUGGCUGUCUUCACCCUGUCCACUGAUGCCGAGGUCCAACUGAUUGCUGACAGAGCCAGUUUCUUCCUGGUAAGAGGUUUAACACGAUACGGUCAAACACAGAGCAGAAGACGGGUCUCUCUCUUUUCUCCAGAAGUACCCUUCUCACCUGACAGUUCGUCCUGUAUCCCGUCUAGGUUCCAGACCCCCUCUGAUUCGCUGGUGUUGAAGGAAGGUCAAGGGUCAUCUGUCCAGGAGCCUGUCCUGGCCUCCCCUGCUGACCCCCCUGUGGGUCCAGCCGACACCAUUCCCUGGGCCAGCGGAGACCGUCCUCCGACCGCAGCUGAUAACGUGGACCAUGUCCACCUUGAUUCUGCUCAGAAUGCAGCAGUGUAUUCUGGUCGUGUCCCAACUCUGGGUCGUUACGUGUUCAUCCUCCACUACCACCAGCCCCUCCACCCCACCUACCCUGUCCAGGUAUUCAUCAACGGUGGACGCAUCUGGCAAGGCCAUGCCAACGCCUCCUUCUGUCCCCAUGGUUACGGUUGCCGUAGCGUUCUGAUCUCAGAGAACCAGAUCAUUCUGGACGUGACGGACAACGAGAUCUUCCUGACCGUCCAGGUCCCUGACGGAAAAACACUCUGGCUGGACUAUGUUCUGGUGGUCCCAGAGAGCAGCUACAGCUCCAGUUACCUGUCUGAACAACCUCUGGACAAAUCAUAUGACUUCAUCAGCAACUGUGGACAGAACAGCUUCUACAUCAAUCCUGCCACAGCCUCUCCAUUCUGUCGUAGUUCAGCCAUCUCUCUCUCUGCGUUCUUCAACAACGGUGCCAUGCCCUGCGGGUGCCAUGAGGUGGGCGCGGACAGCGAUACCUGCCAGCCCUUCGGCGGGCAGUGCCAGUGCAGACCGAACGUCAUCGGCAGGGACUGCUCACAGUGUGCCACGGGCUACUGGGGGUUCCCCAACUGUAGAGCGUGUCAGUGUGGUACACGGCUGUGUGAGCCGGUGACUGGAGACUGUAUCUGCCCACCGAGGACCCUGCUCCCAGAGUGUAUCCAGUGUGAGCCCCAGACGUUCGGCUGUCAUCCUCUGGUCGGCUGUGAGGUCUGCAACUGUUCCCGUCCUGGGGUCACCACCCCCAACGUCAGCUGUGACACCGACAGUGGACAGUGCAGAUGCAAGAACAACAUCAUCGGCCGUCAGUGUGAUCGCUGCAGCCCUGGUUUCUACGGUUACCCCAACUGUAGACCAUGUGACUGCAACGAGGCGGGAACAGAGGAGGAGGUGUGUGACUCCUCCGUGGGGCGCUGCCUCUGCAAGGAAAAUGUCCAGGGUGGUCGUUGUGACCAGUGCAGAAUGGGAACCUUCCACCUUGACCCCACCAACCCUAAAGGCUGCACUUCCUGUUUCUGUUUCGGAGCCACCAACCGCUGUCGCAGCUCAGAGAAACGACGGACUGAGGCGAUGGACAUGAUGGACUGGGUAUUGCUCGGAGCAGACAGACAGGAAGUCCCCGUGACUGUGUAUCCUGAUCAGGACUUGGUGGAGGCGGACCUUAGUGACGUACCUGAUGUCUACCAAGACCUCUUCUGGCACGCUCCUAGAACGUACCUGGGAGACAAGGUAUCGUCGUAUGGAGGGUAUCUGCGGUACCGUCUCCACACUCAGACUAUGAGAGGAGAUGUUCUCUCUCUACCCACUGAGGCCUCUCGACCUGACAUCAUUCUCAAGGGUAACCAGAUGACCCUGGUGUUCAUUGAGAGAGAAUAUUCUUCACCUGAACAACCACACCUGGGGAUAGUCCACAUGCUGGAGGGAAGUUUCCGCCACGCCCAGACGGGUAACGUGGUGUCUAGAGAGGAACUGAUGAUGGUUCUGGUGGGUUUAGAGUCUCUCCAGAUCAGAGCUCUCCACUCCCAGUCUGCCCACACUGUGUCGCUACGCGGGGCCGUGCUGGAGGGAGCACAGACCCUGCCCACGGGGCAACAUGCCAACAACGUAGAGAUCUGUCUCUGUCCCGCUAACUACCAGGGAGACUCCUGCCAGCAAUGUUCUCCAGGGUACUACAGAGACACUAAAGGUCUGUUCCUGGGGAAGUGUGUUCCCUGCAACUGUAAUGGCCACUCUGACCAGUGUCUGGACGGGUCUGGAGUCUGUGAGAACUGUCAACACAACAGGGCUGGAGACCACUGUGAAAAGUGUCAGGGUGGUUUCCUUGGUAACCACUCUCUGGAUGGACACGCCCAGUCCUGUGACACCUGCCCCUGUCCUCUACAAGUGGCCUCCAACAAUUUUGCAGUGGGCUGUGUAGAGAAACCCAACAGGAUGCUGUGUCUCUGUAUGCCUGGCUACGCUGGGCCCCAGUGUGCAAGGUGUGCUCCCGGUUUCUACGGCAACCCCAUGGUGAUUGGCAGCACGUGCCAGCCAUGCCAUUGCCAUGACAACACGGACCCCAACAUGCUGUUCAGCGACUGUGACGGGCUGACGGGCGAGUGUCACAGCUGCAUGCACAACACCGCCGGGACGCACUGCGAGAUCUGUGCCCCCGGUUUCCACGGUGACGCCGUCACUGCCAAGAACUGCACCAGAUGCAACUGCUCCCCAUGUGGCACGGCGUCAUGUGACCCUCACACAGGACAGUGCCAGUGUAAACCUGGUGUGACCGGUUCCCAAUGCAACUGUUGUGAGGACGGCGCGUUUGGCUAUGAGUCGUGCUCCGGGUGUCGUCGGUGUGACUGUGACGCGGCCGCGGCGCUGGUCCAACCGUGUGACCCCAGGAACGGUUCGUGUGCCUGCCAGCCAGGGGUCAAUGGACCUAAUUGUCGCCAGUGUGCCCCUGGGUACUGGGACUACAGUCCGGAGGGCUGCAAGAAGUGUGAGUGUAAGCAUGGGCGCUGUGACCCUCGGACAGGGGAGUGUCGCUGUGGAGACGGCCUAACAGGCAAACAGUGUGACAGCUGUUCCCAUAGAUACAGUGUUCCUGUACAACACGGACAUGACAUGACCUGCCAACCUUGUGACAGCUGUGUAAUUGUCCUGUUGGAGGAUCUGGACAAAAUUAACGACAACUUUGGCUCCGUGGCUCAUCAGCUGAUCAACCUUAACGCCUCCUCUAUCACCGUGACUCAGCUAAACAACCUCAGCAGAUCCAUGGACAAUAUCUCUAAUGCCAUAGAGAACUACAACAGUACUCUGGAUGAGAACAGGAACAGAGUGGACAUGUUGGAGGGAGAGAUCAUGACCAUCAACUCAGACAUCCUUGGCCUGGAAGAUAAGGUGGUGGCGGUAUCAGAAGAAGCAGACAGUCUGGGGAAUAGCAGCAGCAACACCCAUCAGAGAGCCCAGGACCUGCUCUCACACAUGAAGAACAUAGUAGGAGAGGUGGAAGACCUCAUGGAGAACCGUACGGGUCUGAAUGAGACGCAGGUGGAGCAGGAAGAGGACGACUUGCUUGAGAAGAUGAAGCAGGUGGAGGCCAUGCUGAGAGAGAUGAGACUCAAGAGCUGUGUCGGACAGAAGGAGAUAGCAGACGGAGAGCUGUCCGAGGCUAAGAAAUUGCUGGCGAAGGUGAAAGAUCAGCUGGUGAGUCGUGUGGUGGACAACGAGGGCUUGGUGAAGAACAUCAGGGAGCAUCUGGGGAAGUUCCAUGACCAACUGAUGGACCUGAGGGACGCUCUGAACCAGGCAGUUAACAACACGGCCCUCGCCUCCGAUACGAACGCUGUUAACGAGAAGAGGCUGGAGGACUGCCAGCAAAAGGUGGAUGAACUGAAUGAGAAGCACAAGGUAGUGGAGGAUCUCCUGCAGAUGGCAGAGGACGACGUGGCCGCUGUCAACGACAUGCUGUCUAUGCUGCACGACUCCAAGGAGGAGUAUGAGCGUCUGGCCGCCCAGUUGGAUGGGGCCAGGAUGCCCCUGGCUGAAAAGGUGCAGACAUUUGCCCCCACCCUCAGUAAGAUACCCCUGGUGGAGGCAGCGGAGGAACACGCUGAACUACUCAAUGAGCUGGCCAUGAACCUCUCCAGUGUGAUCUCCAACACCAACAAGGACGGUUUGAUCCAGCGAGCGGUGAACGCGUCCCGGGCGUACUCCGACAUCAUCGACGCCGUCAGAGACGCUGAGACUGCUGCCAACCAAGCUGCUGUGGAUGCACUGGAGAAUGUGAAGGGUCAGGACCUGGGCCAGGUAGCUGACGGUCUGAGGAAUCACAGUUCACAACUGCUGGAGGACGCCGUCACACUGCAACGGGAACUGAAUGAUGAUCUGAAGCCUCGUCUCCGGGACGCCAUGACUCAUCUGGAUGAGGCCAAGCAGAAACACACGACUCUACUGAAAGACCUGGAGAUGGUGCAGAGUAACCUCAACUUCAGCCGGGGGGAAACACUAAGGUUAUAGAGGAGGACCAAGGCUGCAGCCGAGGAGGCCAACAGUACAGCAGCAAGUAGAGAUACCCUGGCACCUAUCAAAGAGCAGGUGGACCAAUCACAGCAGGUCGGAGACACUAACACCACCAAUGAGGACAUACCUUCCUGGAGGCCAACAACAGUAGGUCACUCUGUGGGUAUGUUGGGCGAGGCCAUCCCAAUACUGAUGAAGAAGCUGGACAAGCUGCAGAACCACUCAGCCCAGAUGCCCAACAUCUCAGAGAACAUCCUCAGGAUCAGACAGCUCAUCGCAGAGGCCCGCAAGGCCGCCAGCAAAGUGAGCGUACCUGUGAAGUUCAACGGGACAUCAGGUGUGCAGGUGCGCACCCCCAGUAACCUGGCAGACCUGGCAGCUUACACCUCCCUCAAGUUCUACAUCACCCUGCCCGAGGCCUCACGCGGCCGUAGACAGGACCAACCAGACAAACAGUUUGUCUUUUACCUCGGAAACAAGGACUCCAGUAAAGAGUUCCUGGGCAUGAUGCUGGAGGGGCGGAGACUGCACUGGCUGUUCAACGUGGGCGGAGACACGGCUGAGGUGGAGAUGCAGGAGGAUGUCCAAACAGAUGGCGACUUCAACAACGUGGUCCUGGAAAGGAUCCUUCAGUACGGCCAGAUGGCCAUGUCUUCAGAGCUCAGUGAGGCCAGGAUGACCAAGGCUGUGGUGGAGGCAGGAGGGGAUAGUGGACUGCUCAAUCUGCAGACUGAAGAGACUGUGUUCUACGUGGGAGGAUACCCUGACACGUUCACUCCCCCUCUCCAGCUCCAGCUGCCCAAUCUCAAGGGCUGUAUUGAGCUGGAGACCCUGAAUGAAGAAGUGCUCAGUCUCUAUAACUUUGAGAACAUCUUCCAACUCAACACCACCGAGGAGAAACCAUGUGGAAGAGCGAAGCCGGUGUUGACCCAGCAGUGGGUAAACGACGCGGCCUACUUUGACGGGACGGGUUACGCCGAGGUCACCUUCAAGGAGGAUGCAGGGAAGAUGCAGCGCUUUGAACAGGAAGUUAAACUGAUGAGUCACAACGGCAUCCUGCUCAUGCUCCUCAGCCAGGAGAAGUUCCUGAGCUUGGCGGUGCGUCAGGGACGUCUCAGGGUCUUCUAUGACAUCACUGGUUCUCUACAGGAGCUGGAGCCUAAAGUCCCAGACUCACCUACCUCAAGAUCACACGCUGACCCCAAAUCUUUGGAGAUCAUUAUCCUCCUCUACGAUACGACCACACGCGUUGUGGUGAGGAACAACCGCCAAAUCCUGUUCAACUACGUCUUCACGACGCCCCUGCCGCGCUUCGAAGGCAGCUACUACCUGGCCGGAGUCCCCGAGGACAAGAUGCCUGAGAACCUGAAGGCCCUGUUUCCUCGUCAGGGAUCUCUUAAAGGCUGUUUCAGGAACAUCAAGGCCAUGAACUCUCACAUCGACCUGAAGAGAAUGAGCAGCUCUGGGGUCAGCUACGGCUGUGCCAACGACUUACUGGUGGCACGUGAGGCUCACUUCUCAGGCCAGAGUUACCUGGACCUGUCUCCAGACAACAUCCCUGGUCUCAGGAACAACUUCUACGCCGGGUUCGGCUUCCGCACAGACCAGAAUAACGGACUCAUGUUCUACCACCAGGCUCAGGACGGUGUGUGUCAGGUGUUCCUGGAUAAGGGUCAUGUGGUAGUGAGGGCGGCUGACAGCGAGGUGAAGACUCAGCAGACUUACAACGACGACAACGAUCAUUAUGUAACUCUGUACAGCAACAACAAUGGGUUACGUCUUUAUGUGGAUGACGUCCUGGAGAAGGCUGGGGAUACUGGUCGUGGAGGGGCCAGCAGCCGGGCGCUACUACUACCUGGAGGGGUCUACCUGGGAGGAACACCUGACAACAGCCUCAGCAACCUUACCGGCUGUCUUAGCAACCUGUUCAUCAAGAGAGACAAGCCUUCUCAGAUGGUGAUGAACCUAAUGAAUGCUAAGGAGAAUAUCGACGUUCCUCUAGACUGUCCUGCUGCCAAGAAACCUCAGCAGAUCCUGGCCGCACUCCCACGCCAGAAGAGGCCUAAGGGUAAACACAGGAAGCCGGCGGGUGGUGGUGGUGGGUCAGUAACUCACCUGGGGCGGAGUAACUCACCUGUCAGUGCCAGGGAGUCCUGCCAGGGGGAGCUGGCCCACCAGCGCUCCACCACCGACACGCUGUCCCCCGAGGCCUUCAGCAGGACGCCUCACAUCUCCAUGGGUCUGCGUGUGAACUCGUCAGACGGCCUGGUGUUCUAUGUGUCAGGAUCACCAGAACGUUCUAGUAGCAGCUCUGUGAUGACCCUCUCUGUCUCAGACGGUCACCUGUUGCUCAUCCUCAUCAACGGAGGGAAGAGGAAGACCACCAUCCGCAGCCACAGGAAGUGCAAUGACGGACAGUGGCACACGGUGUUUGUGAAGAGGGAGGGAGAGAAGGCCAGUUUGAUUGUUGAUGGGAUCGAUGCCCAGUCUAAGAGGGUCUCAGGGGGGGAGAAGAACCAGCUCAGUCCCCCUCUCUACAUCGGAGGAGUUCCCUCAGGACUCACCAGCUCACUUCUCUCGAUGCCAGGUUCAGGAGGGUUUGUGGGCUGUGUGAGGGACCUGGAGCUGAAUGAGGAGAGCCCAGCCAGUCCCUCCACCAGCCUAGGGGUUGUACCCUGCUUCCAGACCGCUCUGCAGCCUGGGGUAUACUUCUCUUCCCAGGGAGGACUCAUGGCUAUAGAUGAGUCCCUGAUGUUGGGCCGGGACCUGGAGGUCCAGCUGGAGGUCAGGCCGGUGUCAGACUCUGGUCUCCUGCUGCAUGCUGGUUCCAGGGCUGGACAACAGCUCAGCCUCUACCUCUAUCAGGGAGCCGUAACUGUCACAGUAAACAGUGGCAGAGGAGAGUUCUAUACCUCCUUCACACCAGAGGAAUCCUUGUGUGACGGACGCUGGCACAGUAUCAAAAUCGUGAAGAAGAGCAACGUGCUGCAGCUCCAUGUGGAUGCAGCCAGCGAACACAGUGUGGGGCCCAAACAAGGCCGACCAUCAGGGGCCAAGGAGGCUGUGUACCUGGGGGGAGCACCAGAUGGUGUUGAUGUGCCGGGCCUUCCCGAUGCCCUGCCCUCCUUCCAUGGUUGUGUUCGGAGAGCAGUCCUGAACCAGCGACCAGCCAUGCUUUCUAAACCCCUGUCAGUACACGGAGCUGUGGGCACACAGGGCUGUCCAGCCAUGUAGACCCCUUUUAGCCCUGUUACAGCCAGCUAGCACUGGGUCAUGUUCAUAAGGACAUUACAGAAAAUUCAGAUAGAAAUACCUAUGUAGAACCAAUAUGAUUCUCUGUCAUGUAUACUGUCUUCAUGUAGCUCAGUCUAAUAUAUCUACAGCUGUACAUAUCAGUCUAACAAAUCUGCAGCUGUACAGUCGUGGCCAAAAGUUGAGAAUUACACAAAUAUUAAUUUUCACAAAGUCUGCUGCCUCAGUUUCGAUGAUGGUAAUUUGCAUAUACUCCAGAAUGUUAUGAAGAGUGAUCAGAUGAAUUGCAAUGAAUUGCAAAGUCCCUCUUUUCCAUGCAAAUGAACUGAAUCCCCAAAAACAUUUCCACUGCAUUUCAGCCCUGCCACAAAAGGAACAGCUGACAUCAUGCCAGUGAUUCUCUCGUUAACACAGGUGUGAGUGUUGAUGAGGACAAGGCUGGAGAUCACUCUGUCAUGCUGAUUGAGUUCGAAUAACAGUCUGGAAGC